UCUCUGUGGAUAAACUUAGAAGUAUGGAGAAAGUGCUACACACUCCCCUAAGCAGCUAUAAAUACCUACCAGCUCAUUUUUCUUGAACCGUAUACGAAAGGCCAAGCAAAUACAAAUAAAUUCUCAAAAGCUCACAGAAAAUGUCACUGAUUCCAAGGAUCUUCGGCGAUCGACGAAGCAACAGCAUGUUCGAUCCCUUCGCAAUGGACGUGUUUGAUCCAUUCAGGGAAUUAGGCUUCCCAGGUUCCAGUUCAAGGGAGACCUCUGCAUUUGCCAACACUCGAAUCGACUGGAGGGAAACUCCUGAGGCACAUGUGUUCAAGGCUGAUCUUCCAGGGCUCAAGAAGGAAGAAGUGAAAGUGGAGAUCGAAGAGGAUCGUGUUCUUCAGAUUAGUGGAGAGAGGAACGUGGAGAAAGAAGAUAAGAAUGAUACUUGGCACCGUAUGGAACGCAGUAGUGGCAAAUUCAUGAGAAGAUUUAGACUUCCUGAGAACGCAAAGAUGGAUCAAGUUAAGGCAUCUAUGGAGAAUGGAGUGCUUACUGUUACCGUCCCGAAGGAAGAAGUGAAGAAGCCUGAUGUCAAAUCCAUUGAGAUCUCUGGUUAGACAUGUUGGUUGAAAGUUUCUAUAUGUAGAUAUUAAGGUGUGUAUUGUGGAAAAGUAUGGAGUUUUUGGUGUGUGUCUUGUGCUAAGUCCUCCCUUUUCGGCUAUCAUCUGUUUGAUGUAUUUACCUUGAGAACUCUGUAUGUGAAAAAUGUUGUAGUACUAAAUAAUAUAUUUCAUUUCUGGUA